AUGAGUGCCACAAAGGCGCAGUCUCAAAAGAUCUUUGAGAAACUCAAGCUGAAGCCCGCAAACAAGAUCUGCUUUGAUUGCGGCUCUAAAAAUCCUACGUGGUCGUCUGUUCCCUUUGGUAUCUACCUUUGCCUGGACUGCUCUGCCAACCACCGUAACCUGGGUGUCCACAUCUCCUUCGUCCGCUCCACGAACCUUGACCAAUGGCAAUGGGAACAGCUCCGAAUUAUGAAAGUGGGUGGAAAUGAGUCCGCCACCAAAUACUUCCAAUCGCACGGAGGCUCCGCCGCACUGGCCAGCAAGGACGUCAAGGUCAAGUAUACGUCCAAUGCCGCAGUCAAAUACAAGGAGGAACUGAAGAGACGGGCCGCACUGGAUGCUCAGCAGUACCCCGACGAGGUCGAAAUCACCGAUAUCCCCACCGGUGCCUCCUCGAAUGGCUCCAGCACCCCUGCCGGUGAUGCCGACGAUGACUUCUUCUCCUCCUGGGAUAAACCAUCUAUCAAGCGCCCCAGCAACCCGCCGUCUCGCACCGGUACUCCCCCUGUCGUGAGUCGCACCGCGUCGCCUUUCUUGAACGCCGGGGCCAAUGGCAACGGUGCGCGUUCCAAGUCUCCCCUGUCCGCUUCCGACAAGGAAAGCUCCGCCUCCCCUGCGCCAACCGCUAUCCGUUCCAGCAACUCCGUACGUAAGACCGGCGCCGCUGCUGGCGCAAAGAAGGGAAGCGUCCUGGGAGCCAAGAAGGCGCCCAAACUGGGCGCGAAGAGGGUGGGUGCUGCAGAGACCAUCGAUUUUGAUGAGGCAGAGAGAAAGGCCAAGGAAGAAGCCGAGCGCAUAGAGAAGUUGGGGUAUGACCCUGAGGCGGAGCAGGCUGAGGCCGAUGCCAAGGCCAAGACUGCGACUACCGGUGCCGCGCCGAUUGCUUCGCCGUCGCCGAUCAGCCCCAGCAGAGGAAGCUUUGGUGCCACCCGGACCUCCCACGAGCGCAACUCCAGUGACGUGGAGCGUCUUGGAAUGGGAAUGGGUAGACUUGGAUUCGGUCAGACUGUUAGCUCGAAGCCUGCUGCUCCUAAGAAAUUAGGCUUUGGUUCUGUUGGCCCUACCCGGACUGCUGCUGAUGAGGAGGAACUCCAGCAAGCGAAGACGCGCUUCGGUAGUCAGAAGGGAAUCUCGUCCGACGAGUUCUUCGGACGUGACCGCUUCGACCCUGCCGCUCAGGCGGAGGCCAAGGAACGUCUGCGCCAGUUCGACGGUGCCACCUCGAUCUCCAGCAACUCUUACUUUGGCCGACCUGAAGACGAUUUCCCUGCUGGGGACGACACCUACGGUGACCUGGAAACUGCUGCUAAGGACUUUGUCCGACGCUUCGGCAUUACCGCUGGCGAUGAUCUUGAGAACCUCACGCAACUGGUCGGCGAGGGUGCCGUUAAAUUGCAAGGUGCUAUACGCAGUUAUCUGAACAGCUAA